AUGGCGGAUCCAUUCUCCAUUCUUGCAGGCACAGCUGGUUUGACUGACGUUUGCAUUCGGCUUGCGCAAUUUUUGAAACACGCCAAUGAUGGCUUUCGAGUAGUGGACCAAGAACUGGAGGCUCUGUCUGAAGAGAUUACAUCGCUCCGUUCUGUCAACGAUCUCAUUGAGCGUAGUUAUACAGAAGGGUCAACGGCUAAGGCCAACCUUGAACACCAGAAGAUUCUAGGUACGAAUUGGCAUGCAACUCAGAAUACUUUGGUCAGCUGUCAGCGUAUAGUUGAAAAGAUAGAGGAGAUUUUGAUUGAAGUUGAGGGCUCCGGGGGUGGAAAGCAUAUAAAACGUGAUCAAAUACGCAAGUGGCUCAAGCAGCAAAGGAAAGAGGAGGAGUUGAUGUCCCUUCGCGAAAAACUCAAAGCACAUCAGAAAGCACUACAACUCAGUCUUUCUGCCGUCAACAUGUGAACCCUUCUUUCCCUUGGAUUCUCUAGAACCAGUUCACUGAUAGAAACUAGUAUAUAUUCUCGCACGUCACAGCAAGAGUCGCACAAGUCAUAUUCCGAACUGUCUGAAUCUUUCCAGAAUCUAGGAGCUGAUUUGGAAUCGAAAAUUGAGUCGUUAGAAAGAACAGUCAAAUCAUCGACUGAAGGCACAGUGAGUAAAAAUGCUUUCUGCUCUAUUUAGAGCAAAGACUGAUUUUAAAGCUUGAAUCUGCAAUUGAGUCUGCCCAGAAAGUUGUGGAGUUAGCGUAUCUUAACAAACGUUUCUUCACGCCACAGACUGUAAGCAGUAUUUAUACUGGGCGCGAAAGCGAGCUUGAUAUAUUGCAGAAGUGUCUUAUUUCUACUGGUAUCUCUCAUGUGCAGAAGAGGUUCAUAAUCUAUGGCUUAGCAGGAUCCGGAAAAACACAGUUCUGUUGUAAUUUUGCAUCCAGGAACAAACAAAGGUACCAACCCAACAAAAUUGAUAACGUAAAUAUUGGACUAAAUCCUUCAGCUUUUGGGGCGUUUUCUGGAUAAAUGCCACCUCAAAAGAGCACGCAGAGCAGUCGUUCUCCACAAUUGGAAAGGUUGCACCUAACCAGGCGGCCGUUAAAAGCUGGUUUUCAACUCUUGGGCCAGACCACCCAUGGCUUUUGAUAAUCGACAAUGCAGAUGACGAUAAUUUUCCUGUGCAAGAUUGCUUUCCUGAUAGUACUUCUGGUACUAUCCUUAUAACUACCAGAAACCCUAUGCUCAGAACACAUGGCAUUGUUGUACCUAGGUAUUUUGAGUUUCAUGGACUGGAUGAGGAAAAGUCUAUCGAACUACUUCUGAACGCUUUGGGCGAGUCGAUACCAUGGAAGGCAACUAAUAUUAAUUUUGCCAGUGUCAUCGCCAAAGCUAUGGGGUAUCUUCCCCUUGCGCUGAUACAUGCUGGGGCGACAGUUCUUUCAGGUCAGUGCACACUCGAGACAUACCUCAACUUCUUUGAAGCAACAUGGGAUCGAAUUCGUCAAAUAAAGGAGCCAACUGCUGCCACUCCAAUAUCGGACACCAAUGCUGCUAUUUAUAGUAGCUUCGAGCUAAUGCACGAUGGAAUCUCAAUGAGAAAGAAUUCAGCUUCAAAGGAUGCUUUGGAACUCCUAAGAAUAUUCUCCUUUCUCGACCGCCAACAAAUCAAGCUAGAAAUAUUCCUACGUGCAGCUACGAACCCCACGGUAGAAUCUGCAGCCGAGCUUCGCAAAGAAGGGGACAGGAAGGUUUACAGCAAGUCAAUACCAAAGCUCACAAAAGCCCAGACUUUGAGGAAUAUUAUCAUGCGCCUUCUCAAUCUACUCUCUCAGCUUGGUCACCGUCCUGUCUUGCCAAAGUUUCUCUCCCAAUCGAUUGGACCCGAAGCCUUCUACGAAUUGAGGCUGAGAGAAGAAAUAAAAGAACUUUCUAGGAUGUCGCUUAUAUCGACGAAUUCUGGCAUUGGGGAUUGUUAUUCGAUGCAUGCCGCAGUUCAUCUUUGGGCACGACAAAGGCCAGAUAUGACACUUGUGGAGCAAGCGGUAUGGUGUCAAAUGACGGCAACGAUACUCUCUCAAGCGAUUUUACUCCCUCCAUUAGGUGAUACAGAAGAAGAUGAAAUAUUUCGCAGAGACUUGCUUCCUCACGUUCGUCAUAUCCAACAUGUUGAACGCACAAUCCAAACAACUUUGCAAGAAAUAGAGAAUCUAGAAGGAAGCUGUUGCCAUUAAUACAGCCCCGGGUGACUCCAGACCGUUUAGUACAGCUUGUGAAGUUCAGUUUGGUAUAUGCACAAGGACAUCAACUGGAAGAAGCAGAAAGAUUACGAUCAUACGUUGCCAACAUUGCGAUUCAGUAUCUGGGUGUUGAAAACAUGAAGACGAUAAAUAUUAUGAGGCUUUUGUCAUGGACCUACUGGCAACUCGCACGCCCUGAUAAAGCCGUUGAACUUCAAAAGCAGGCACUACAAGCUUGUAUCAAGGUUCUCGGCCCCGAGAACCCUGAAACUUUGCAGAUCAUGGAUUCAUACGGUUCUAGUUUAUGGCUGCAGGGUCAUGUUCCUGAGGCGCGUAAAUUAUAUACCAUAGCUGUUGAGGGACUCAAAAAGGUACUUGGCAAAGAUGAUGUUCAAACAUUGAAGGCAAUGGGGGACUGGGACGCGCAGUUGGCAAAGACUUUGAUUUCACCGAGGCGAUCGACAUACAAUCAAAAGCAUUCAUUGGUCUUAGGGUUAAGCUGGGUCCUUCACAUACAGCUACGCUCGAAGCCAUGGAUAACUUAGCGAUGGCCUACUUCGACAGAGCUGCAUAUCGUCAAGGCCAACCAAACGAUCUGGAACGUGCUCUCGCACUUGAGUCAGAGGUGUUUACGACUCGCGUGAAAAGACUUGGGAGAGAAAAUUAUCAUAAUCUUUGGGCCGGUCUUAACCUGGCUAGGAUAAAGGGUGUGUGCGGUGAAACCGAUGAGGCAUUGUCAAUAUUCUUGCCUGGACACUCGGUAGUCCGUAGGGAUCUUGGCGAGGACCAUUUUAUUUAUUUGUUUAGUGAGCUACACCAUGGCAGGAUUCUGAUGUGUGCGAAACGAUAUGAUGAGGCAGAAAGAAUUUUGACGAGUGUGGUGGACUCACACGAAAAGAAUCGUGGCCAGCAUCCUGAUCGCUUGCUGGCAAUGUUCUCUUUGAUCAAAUGCCGCAAUGUUCUAGACAAAUCUAAUCAGACAAGUGCUCUUCUAUAUGAACUGAUUUCGGGCACGAAAGCCCUGUUUGGACCAGAUCAUGCGGCAUUCAGAUGCAUCAUUGAUGGCCAAGUUCUGUCAAAAGAUGCUAGCGAGAUACUCCUGGACAAUCCUACGAAAGGAGAUGAUACGAAUUCUAUUCAAAGGGGUACUGGCCACCUUCAAAAUGAACGGAACUCUUAUUCAUCAGUUGUGGGAGAGCGAAUACAGCCGAUUCUCAACGAGGAAUUGCAAUUUCUCGGGAAGGCUGAAAAAAAGACAAAGGUUUUUGAUGAGAAUGUACUAAGGUCAAGAGGAGGUAAAGAAAGUUUGAAAGGGAAGAAUAAGGUGCGUGAUGAUGAUGACAAAUAA